UUAAAAUAUCUGACUACAGAAUUGUAAAGAAUAGCUAAUGGAUAAAGAGAUAUCUAAGAAGUGGUAUUUAAAGAUUAUAGAUCGAUGAAAACUAUCCUUAGUCUACAUAUUAAGCUAGAUCUAGUUCAUUCUUUUAUCCAUAUUCUCAAAUAAUUCCAUUCUUUAUUCUUAGUACAUUUAUCUAUGACUUUCAGGUUUCCAACAGUGAGGUGAAGCCAAGUGCCUGCAGAGGCUUCGAGCAAGCCUUUGCUUGUACCAAAGAUUUCUGAGCAAGAGAAGAGGGAUGGUUGGGGAAUUUCCCAGCAACCAUGACUUAACUCACUCAACAACUCUCUCACUCAAAGAACCCUCCUUCCUCCUAAAAUUAGGAGAAAAUAAACUAAAAAGGAGCAAUCUUUCUUUACCAAACCUAAAAAUCAAAGCUAAGACCUACAAGUUGAACAACCAACAAGUCUACGAGAAAUAUGACCUUAAACAAGUAGACAUCAUGAGAAAACAUUUUGGAAAAUAUAAUCAUAAAAGUAAGAAGAGGUACCAGUCAUUAGGCUCAAACGAGCAGAGCAUUUUUGAAAAUAGAAGCUUGAAGAAUUUGAAGAUUGAAGAUAAUUUUAAAUACUUAAAAGAAAUGAUUAAGGAUGUGCAAGAAACUCAAAAGAAAAAGACUGCUUUGAAAUCAAUUAGAAAUUCUCUUCCAAGUCUAUCCAUCCAAUCCUCAGAUAAUAAACUUCUUAGUGACCUCAAAAGUACCUUGAAUAAGCUAGACAAUAUCGACAUUAUCCAGAUCUCUAAAAUAAAAGAGAACCUGUACAUACAAAAUAGCAAAGAGGCUAUCUCAAAUUUUAUUAAAACCAUCAGACAAUUUCCGAAAGACUCUUGGAUAAAAAUAGAAACUAUUCUUCUCUGCGCUAAAAAGUAUGGACUAAAAUUUGACGUGCGCUCUCUCGUUGGAUUUAUAUCCAGAAAAAGCUUGAUUCCAGGAAAAUUUCCUGGAAUGAUAUAAUCGAAAAACACAUAAUCCCAAUCUUCGAAGAGCCUAUCCCUAUACCCCCAAAGACCCCCAAAAACCUGCCUCUCACUAGCCGAAGAAAGUUCACCCGCCCACCCUAUCACGAAGAAAAGAAGAAGCAAAAGAAAUUAGGUGAAUAUCUUCACCCUAAUUCCCAAGUUGAGAAAAAGAAAGAAGAAGAAAUUAGCAAGAGAAAUGUUCAGACUCAGAAGUUGAUCUUUAAGAUUAGUGAAGCCCUGUUUAGGGAGGAGAUUACGGUCACUGAGUGGCUGAGUAGAGGGAUUAAGGAAAAUCCGAGGACUUUGAUAAGAGACCGUGUUAUUGAUGGACAUGAAUACCAGCUUAUAAAAAGAGAUAACUUUUUAGAUGCUCUGGAGGAGAUAGGUAUUCAUCCAACCCUUAGAGAUCGUGAUAAUCUGAAAGCGCUUCUUGGAACGACUUUUUUGAAUUUUAUUGAUAUGAAGUCGAUUUAUAACAUCUUCUCGAGACUUGGAAUAAAUGAAGAUGUUCCAAAAUCAACCAAAAUGCUUAAUUUUGAUAUCUUCAAUGCUCAUUGUAUCCGAGUAUACAAUCGUAUCAUCCACAAAAUGAAUAAAGAAGGCUUAAAAGAUAUUGAAGAGUGGCUACCUAAAGAAAUAAUAGAACCGUUUCAAGUUGUCUCCCGAGACAAGGAGCAUACAGUUAUGACAAUCUAUGUUGAGAAAUUUAAAGAGUUUUUAUCACAAAAGAAAAUAAUCUCCCAUGGAGAAGAACUUAAUGAAUUCUUAAUCGAGUUCCUUGAGUUAUCUCCAUAUCAUGACCAUUUAAUCAUGUUGAAGAAGCUGAAGAAAUCAUUGGAUAUUGUUAAAAAAUCCAAGUAUUACAAUAGCUUUGGCAUGUCUAAAAGAACAGGAAUUAUUCAUAGAAAGAAAGAUAUAAGCCUACUUUUUAAAGGUCUAAAAAUGUCUGAAGAAGAAUUUAUGAUUAUGAAGCAAAAUUUAAUGGAAAUAGACGUUCGUAAAAAUCAGCUAGAAGCUCUUCGAAAAAUAGUAGCCAUCUGGAAGAUGAACAUUUGUCGGAAGAACUCAAUUCAGGACACUGUCAAUAAAGCUAAAGAAAAGUUUAAAGCUAUUCUUCAAAAAGCGAAGCCCAUCAACAAAUUCCAUGUUGCUGUGAAGAAUGCUAUUACUACUCACAAAUCAACUUCUCCUUCAAACCUUGAUCGAAACCCGGCUAGCUUCAGUCCUCCUAAACUAUCGAGUCCAAAGAAAAAGCAUAGAGAUUCUUUGCUCAGUCUAGCUUCUGAUAUGAGCCUGAGCCAAGUCGGAUUCAAGGGAUGCUCAAAAAACUUCCUCAAGAAGAGAUUUGGACUAAAGUAGAAAGAAAGAGGAAUGUGAGACUCUGUGAGAUUUUAAGUUCAAUUU